AUGUCUGCCGCCUCAACCGGGGAUGUUUCGGAUCCAGGAACACCUGAUAGCCGGGUGAAGAAUGAGACUGUUCCGGAGCUGGUGCAAUUGUUUCAAGCACAGAAUGCAUCCCGGCCUGCAACCCCCCAAAACCCGGGGGCGCGUGAAAUCUUAAAGGCUGGUCAACGGCGCUUACGUCAACUGGCUCAACGCCAGAGGAGGCCAACAGACCCCAAGUCCAAGGCUGAGGAAGCAUCCCGACAGCUGUUGGCACUCCAGCAGGAAGGAUUUCUCCCUCCCCCUAGACCCAGGAGAACAGACCCCAAAAGAAGUAUCGACUCGACAAUAUCACAUUCAUAUUCUACUUCUGACCUGAGUUUCAUGUCCAAUUCACGACAGGAUGUCGAAAGCAUCGGUCAGCCAUGGCUUGUAGACCCGCUGGGGAAACUGAACACCCACGAUAGGAAAGAUAGCCAUGUAACUUCAAUCGAUAUACGAGAUUUGACCUCUUUGGUCGAGUCUUCGGGUCCUCUUUCUCCUACUCAUGAGGGGAGUCCUCCUCCUUACCAACCUUCCCCACAGUCCAACGUUAUUUCAGGUGACAACAAUGAAUUGAAACAGCAUCGUACCAACGCUUCUGAUCUUCACUGCAACCCGUCACAGGCUGGUGACAGACAGGAUAAUGAAACAGAAGCACAUAAAUCCCCUAACCCAUUAUGCCGACGGAAUGAGGACGAUUCCAAGAAAUCUUCUUCGGCACCGCCAGAGGCCACUUCUUCAAGUGAUAUCCACCGGCCCAGCACUGAACAGUCUCAAGAAACCAGAGCGAAAGAGGCCAAUGAUAAUCUCGACAAGUCAGCCCGUAAUUCUGCCAUGUCAAGCACGUCAGCGUCUUCACAGCCCCCUGCGCACACGCUGAAGCUCUUUCCUGAUACCAUGUCUCCUCGGGCCUCGACUAAGGGAACCUGGCGCAUAUCGAAUGGUCGUCCACCAAAUGGGCCUCUUCCGGCAACUCCUGAUACCCGACGGGGUUGUGUAUCGGGCACAUCUAAAUCAAGUUGGGAAUCAAUCAAUGAAGUCCAAAAGCCUUCCGCCGACACUCCAAAUGCACAAGACAAUGUCGGUAACCCAAGUAGCUCAGAUAUCAAACAAUCUAUGCAAUCCACAAAACUCAGUGGUAGCGCCACCGACAAUCCUAUGCACGAAAAUUUCCCACACACUGGCCGUCGUCCUACCUCUCUACCAUUAGGCGCAAUCAAUUCCUUCCCUUUACCGGUACCGAUGCUGCCCCUGCCAUCCUUACCAGAACCAGUUUCUGGAAUUUAUGCCGGCCGGGACCGAAAUACCGUUGUUGGUCAACGAGUAUCUCAGGCUCAUUCCAGUCAACCAGAUCGGCAGCCAUCUGGAGAAAACAGGAUGGUUCACGCCGAAGAGAAUAGAGACUAUUCUACAUCUACCACACCUAUAAUGGAGAGCAAAGGUUCGAUGACAGGCAUACAAAAAGACAGCGCCAAAACAUCUAUGUCUAGCCAAGUAGAGCCCACGCAGCUUGUACGAACCGGGCCCGGCCGAGCGGAAAGAGUGCAUGCAUUAAAGAUGAAAGAUAUGUCUGCUAGUCGACUUAAUCCGAAAGGAGCGGGCAAAUCUAUGCAAGAGGAAAGGGAGCAAUCCCCCAGUUCCUUACGUUUGACCCAAUCGAGGUCAUCGCAACGAACCGGCGGAGGGUCACUCGAUUCUCGGCACAACGAUGCGAGCCCUCCAUCCCCGUCUCUCUCCCCCCCCUCGAAACUACCAGCGAAAUCCCCUGCCAAUGAGUCAAUGAUUGGAAAGAGGACCUGCAGUUCACCUAUCUACUCCAAUGUUGUUUCGGUCGAGACCGAUGAGCGAUUAUCGCUACCUGGAUCAACCCAAAACUCUCGGAUUUAUCGAAGCAGCGGCGCAAAAAGCGCAAGUAUUAUCUGCGAGAAGAUGGCAAAUGAGCAAGACGUACACAAUCAAUCUCAAAAUGUUUUUCCAACUUCAGAUGAUGAAUGCAUUGGGACAACCUCCUACAAAGACUAUCAACCGCGUCCGACAUCAGCUCCGCCUCGAAGGACUAAGCCAGCACCCAGCGCUGUCAACGAACUUGCCUCGUAUCGAGCACGUCAUUCCAAGAAGAAGUUACCAUCUGAAUCUGCCCGUCCCACGACACCCAGAAACCGGAGGAGCCGUGGAAUUGAGAAGUCGUCGCCACAGUCACCGCAUUCUCAGAAUACGUACUACUCUCAAGAUUCACGAGGAAGCCGGCAUCAUGCAUAUACAUUAAACCUCGAAGGGCGCAUUGCACAUCUCGAGCGUCAAAACAAAAUCCUUCAGGCGGCUCUCUUUGCGGCUCUAGAUGUCGGUGUUAAGCAAAACAUGGAGAGUCUACUCGGUGGGCUGAAUACCGCACAGUCUGCUUCUGGUACAGGCAGAUCCUCCUAUUCUUCAACGUCGAAUCUAUCCAGCGUAGACGAGCUCCCACCAAAAAGGAGCAAGCUCAAAAGGCAAUCCCACCGCCGUCAGGGAAGCUGGAUUGCAAGCCCAGAUUCCAGCCAGCGGGACAGCUACGGAUCAGACGAUAGUGCCAACCUUCAAGAAGUGGAAGACAUGAUAGAAGAUUUUGACUUGGACUGGAUGUCAGACAAGUCCACUCCGGAGAGGCGUCUACCGAUGAAUUCUCAGAUCCCUCAGCAUGUCACUGCUCUCCUCUCACAUCUUACGGCACGCCCAGGAGUCCAAUCCACCUUCAUCCUUUCUCGCAAAGAUGGCUCCAUUAUCCAAAGCACUGGACUGCUUGCAUCCAAACCUGCUACAAGCAUAGCUCAGAUCAGUGCAACGACGGAAGAGCCGCCCAGCUCCACUACUCCUACUUCUCCCACAGUUUCGACCUCCCCUUCCACCUCCGCCAGCACCACUCCUGGUCCAACACCCCUAACGCCGUACCAACCCUCUCAAGCGGAAGCUCUGGCGGCCCGCAUUUUCGCCUUUGUAUCUAGCGCAACGGAUCUGAGCCUUACUCUAUCCCGGCCUCCCGGCACAGAAAACAAGCAUACUUCACCCCGGCUGGCCGAGUCGAACGGUAUGCAAGGACUAGGCAUCGGGGCGACUCGGGAGGAGGGGGAGGCAGAGGGGUCAGAGAGAGAGGAUGACGAUGAAGUGAAGCUCUUGCGACUGAGGACUAAGAAACAUGAGAUUGUUGUCGUCCCUGAUAAGAAGUAUUUACUAUGUGUAGUGCACGGUGCAGCUCAUCCGGCUGGCGCACAAGGGAGUGCGGGCAUUCGCUCACGGUGA